UUCCAGAUUUAUGAGCAUCGCAGCCGUUGAUUGUUUCUGGCGUGGGGCCCGCCCCUUACCGACGAGUGAGAGCAGCAGCAGCAGUCAGUGUUGCCACCCCCACCCCCGCCCCCUCGCUCGCUUUUUCUUCCUUCUUAUUCACAAUCAACCCCCACUCCUCCAUUCGCUAUUCUCUCUCUCUCUCCUACAACUCCAACUGCUGGAACGUUUCUUCAUAGUAUAUGGGCAUUACCUCUCUGCAAGUCUGCAUGGAUUCAUCUGACUGGUUGCAGGGCACAAUUUCCGAGGAGGGCGGCACAGGCAUGGAGUCGUCGUCCCCAAUGACGACCCCGACCGGCGACGACAUGCUGGCAUGCAGCCGCCCCCUGAUGGAGCGGCGCCUCCGCCCCCAGCACGAGCAGUCCCUCAAGUGCCCCCGCUGCGACUCCACCCACACCAAAUUCUGCUACUACAACAACUACAGCCUUUCCCAGCCCCGCUACUUUUGCAAGACCUGCCGCCGCUACUGGACUAAAGGCGGCACCCUCCGCAACAUCCCUGUCGGCGGCGGCUGCCGCAAGAACAACAAGAAAUCCUCCUCCUCCUCCUCCAAGAAAGCCGAUAACAACUCCCCCGCCCAGCCCAGCGUCGGCAUGUCUAUGUCUCCCCAGAUGUCCUACGCCCCCACCGACCUCCACCUCGCCUUCCCCGACCAGCUCCACUUCCAUGCAUCCGCCGGCUUGUACGGUACAACCCCGACCUACAUGCUCGACAAUAACCCCACCCCUAUCGAUUUCAUGGACAAUAAAUACGAGGCCCUUUUGGGCGGCCACGAUAGCUACAUCAACGGCGGGGGAAUGGCGGCGCCGCCGCUCAACGCUGCCCUUUUCUCCCCUUUCGGAUUUGAUCAGAAUCAGACGGUGCUCGAGAGGCUGAUGCUGCCGUACGAUAACAACACCCAGAACGACGUCGUUGAGACGAAGCCGAACGCCAAGAUUCUGUCGCUGGAGUGGCACGAUCACCAGCAGCAGCAGCAGCAGCAGGCUUGCAAUUCGGAUGUGGGCAAGGAUUCCUUCGGGUACACUUUCGGGUCGUGGACCGGGUUGAUGAAUGCGUACGGGUCGUCCGCAACCAAUCCCUUAGUUUAAAUUACUUGUUAAUUAAUUAUAUACUAUAACCUAAGUGUUGUUCUUCAAUUAGGGUUUCCUCAUGGCAUGAUCAUAUAUCAAUCAAAUUAAAUGAGAGGAUUGAUUAACUAGGCUAGAAUAUUGGUAACUUCACCGAGUUUUUCUUUUUUAUAUUUUGGAGGUUUUAAAGUUUAAUAUCUGGGUUAUGUACUUUUUUUAUUUUCCCACUGUUUUAAUUUAAUUUUUGUAGCUGAGUGUGAAUGGGGAAUGUGGAAAUCUUUGAGUAUGAUUAAUUUA